UAUGAAUUGAUGAAAUUUUAAAUAAGAGUGGCAUUUAAGAAUGGUAAUGAAUCAGAUUUGCUCUAUCCAUAACUAUACACCAAAUAUGCGCAAAUUAUACCGUGGGAUCGGCCCACCAUGCACAUGGUGUACCGAUCCCAAAACGACAUUGUUUUAUUAAUUGAAAAAGAGAUCAACUUUUCUGAAAAGAGAGAAGACUGGACGGCGACCUUAUUUGCCGGUGUUGAUGCGGUGUACGUCGCAUAUCCACGGCAACCAUCCCCUGUUCGUAGUUAUCCUACCCGGCUGCCCUUUUGUUUCGCCUACAUAGAUGACAGGUUCCUUCGUGUUUGUAUGCAGGGCUGCUGCCGGUCUAUUCACUCAUCUUGGCCAACAAAAUUGGAAAACAUCCCACCAAUUAAAUUCAUAUAUAUAAAGAGAAGCAAAUUUUUAAAGAGAAGCAACGAAGCAAAUUUUAUAUAUGGUGUGUAUGUUUAUAUAUCUAUUCUAUUUAUAUAUAAGAAAACAAAUAGCUCUUCCAAUUACCAUUUUGUCCUUCAUUAAUCCUACGUGUAGCUCAACCCAAUUUUUUCUCCUUUGCUAUUGUAAAGCCACGUGGCUUCCUCUGUGUAACCUUUUCUUCCCCUCAUCAUCACUCAGAAAGAAAUGAACGAACGAAGAUUACGGCACACAGCUCUUCACCGAAGUUUCCAUCUUCUCCGCCCUCUCCCUUUUUUCGCCCAAGUUUUCUCAC